GGGUGCGGGUUCUUGUCUCAAAACCGCAGUAAGCUAUCCAGUAGAGCAGUGGGAAGCUUAUGUCUUUCCUUAAGGUUCCUCCGUGGAGGGCUGUUCGCUCCUUCCGCGGAAGAAUUGUCCCAAUCCUCGAAAUCCUACCAAAACCCGCAAAUCAAAUAUUCCGUCCAUAUCGAAGUUUCCCUGCAACUUAUGCCCAAUGUAGUUUGUCUCCUUCAAUUCCUUACUCUUCUUCGCCUCCUGCUGUUCCUGAUGCUAGUUGCCGUUGGAGACCUAUGUGCUUGUAUUAUACACAAGGCAAAUGCACCAAGAUGGAUGACCCUACCCACCUAGAGAGGUUUAAUCAUGAUUGCUCUAGGGACCUUUCAGUGAAUGCUGCUGACGUUGAACGCAUGCGCCCCCAAAACUUUGAUUUUUUCUUGGUCUUUGAUUUGGAGGGGAAAGUUGAGAUUCUCGAGUUCCCUGUGCUGAUUAUAGAUGCAAAAACCAUGGCUGUUGUGGACUUCUUCCACAGGUUUGUCAGGCCCUCAGCUAUGACCGAACAAAGAAUAAAUGAAUAUAUAGGAAACAAAUAUGGCAAGUUUGGAGUUGAUCGAGUUUGGCAUGACACAGCUCUCCCAUUUAAUGAAGUUAUUCAACAAUUUGAAGCUUGGUUGAUUCAUCACCAUCUGUGGGAACCAAGGCAUGGUGGGCAUCUUAAUCGAGCAGCAUUUGUAACUUGUGGAAAUUGGGAUGUGAAAACACAGAUACCUCGGCAAUGCCAAGUGUCAAAAAUCAACCUUCCCUCAUACUUUAUGGAGUGGAUCAAUCUGAAGGAUGUUUAUCAGAAUUUCUAUAACCCAAGAAAAGAGUGUGCUGGACAUGCACUUUUGUUUGUGGCGGACAGGCAAGAGGAAUGAGGACGAUGAUGGAGCAGCUGAAAAUACCAAUGCUGGGAAGUCAUCAUCUGGGAUUUGAUGACACAAAGAAUAUAACGAAAGUCUUACUAAGGAUGCUUGCAGAUGGUGCAGUAAUUUCAAUUACUGCAAGAAGGUAUCCCGAUUCCCCUGCAAAUGUUCAUUUUCUAUUUAAGAAUCGCAUACGUUAAAUACGUUUUUUCUAGUUUAGCUACGUAACUAAUUUUUCAAGGUCUUAUUUGUGUAUAAUAUUUUAUACAACGAAGGAUCUAGCAAUCGUUCUUUUUGGUGGCA